GGUGCCAUCAAACUGUCUCAUCCUCUGUCGCCCUCUUCUCUUAUGUGAUGACUCACAGUUUAUGGAAGAAUUUCACAUAUGAUAUCUCAUUCACCACUUUCCCUGUUUCCCAGGUGAAAUCAGUCCAGAGAAGUGAUGGGAUUUGCCCCUGGUCUCCCACCCUGCAAGCCAGCGCUGAUGAUGGGUGUUGGUGAACCGUGAAGGUGGUUCUCACUUGUCUAUGAAGGACAGAGGCCCUGGACUGCCAGGUUCCUUGCAGGGAGGUGGAGGACAAAUCCUACUGAGACCUGAGUGUGGCCUGGAGGCCUGGCCGCCCGUCCCAGAAUGCCCCUGCCCGAGCCCAGCGAGCAGGAGGGCGAGAGUAUGAAGGCCGGCCAGGAGCCCUCGCCUGAGCCCCCUGAGCCGGGCACAGAUGUCGUCCCUGCAGCCCCCAAGAAGCCCAGGAAGUUCUCCAAACUGGUCCUGCUGACGGCCUCCAAGGACAGUAGUGGGGAUGGAGUGGACCCCCAGUCCGAAGAAGUGCACUGUGUCCUCACCCUGGAGAUGGCUGACCCUGACACCCUGGCUGGGACUCCCCAGAUCCUGCCAGUAGAGGAACAGCGUGGGGUGGUCCAGCCAAGGCCCCAGACCCAGGCACUGAAACCCAGCAAGCCAAGCAUUGUUACCCAGCCCCUGGAGUUCCUGAGGACCCCGUUUGGGGGCCGCCUGCUGGUGCUGGAGUCCUUCCUGUACAAGCAGGAGAAGGCCGUGGGCGACAAGGUGUACUGGAAGUGCCGCGAGCGCACUGAGCUGGGCUGUCGGGGCCGGGCCAUCACCCGCGGCCCGCGCGCCACCAUAUUACCACCCCCCACUGGCCACCAGGAGAGGGGCACGGCCUCCUGGCUCACUGGGCAGGUGGUCCCCGGGGAUGCACCUGGAGCCCCCGCAGCAGGCACCCACCCAGCCCCCUCCCCGCUUCCUCCUCCAGGAGGGCCCCCGCCCCUGGAGUUCCUGAGGACCUGCUAUGGGGGCAGCUUCCUGGUGCACCAGUCCUUCUUGUACAAGCGGGAGAAGGCCGUGGGGGACAAGGUGUACUGGACGUGCCGGGACCACACGCAGCACGGCUGCCGCAGCCGGGCCAUCACCCAGGGCCAUCGGGUGACUGUCAUGCGGGGCCACUGCCAUGCACCCGACAUGGAAGGCCUGAAGGCCCGGCGGCAGCAGGAGCGGGCCAUGAUGGCGCUGCGGGCCCAGCCAGGCGGCCCUGGGGGCCCAGAGGACAAGCCGCUCCAAGGCGUGGACAGCCUGCUCUACCGCAGAGGGCCCGGGCCCCUGACUCUCACCAGGCCCCGGCCCAGGAAGCGCCCGACGGCCAAUGACGAGGACCUCCCGGCUGAGCCCGAAGGCGAGGAGGACAAGGACGAGGACCCGGGAGGCCCCGAGUUCCUGAGGACCCCUCUGGGGGGCAGCUUCCUGGUGUACGAGUCCUUCCUCUACCGGCGGGAGAAGGCGGCCGGGGAGAAGGUGUACUGGACCUGCCGGGACCAGGCCCGCAUGGGCUGCCGCAGCCGCGCCAUCACCCAGGGCCGGCGGGUGACAGUGAUGCGAGGCCACUGCCACCCGCCCGACCUGGGGGGCCUGGAGGUGCUGCGGCAGCGGGAGAAACGCCCCAGCACAGCCCAGCGAGGAAGCCCAGGAGGCCCCGAGUUCCUGAGGACCCCUCUGGGGGGCAGCUUCCUGGUGUACGAGUCCUUCCUCUACCGGCGGGAGAAGGCGGCCGGGGAGAAGGUGUACUGGACGUGCCGGGACCAGGCCCGCAUGGGCUGCCGCAGCCGCGCCAUCACCCAGGGCCCACGGGUCAUGGUGAUGCGCAGACACUGCCACCCGCCCGACCUGGGGGGCCUGGAGGCGCUGCGGCAGCGGGAGCAGCUCCCCAGCCCAGCCCAGAGGGAAGGCUCAGAAGCCCCCCAGCCCCUGGAGUUCCUGAGGACUUCCCUCGGAGGCCGGUUCCUGGUGUACGAGUCCUUCCUCUACAGGAAGGAGAAGGCGGCCGGGGAGAAGGUGUACUGGAUGUGCCGGGACCAGGCCCGUAAGGGCUGCCGCAGCCGCGCCAUCACCCAGGGCCCACAGGUGACCAUCAUGCGCAGCCACUGCCACCCGCCCGAUCUGGCGGGCCUGGAGGCGCUGCGGCAGCGGGAGCGGCUCCCCAGCCCGGCCCAGCAGGAGGACCCAGAAAAGGUAAAACUUCUGCCUGAAGUUCAACUGUGCCUCGAGACGUGUGCUCCUGAAUGCCGGCAGAGCUAUGGAAAGUUGGAAAGUAUACAACUCAACAGCGAGUCCCAGUGAGGCCCGCCUCCGGCCUGACAGCAGAGAAAUCAACCCAACCUAACGUGUUGCCAGUGUCAAGGAUGCUCCAGGUCCUUGCAGGACCCUGGCACUUCCCACCUGGUUAGAUUUUGCUCGACAAAGCCUCUCUUGCAUUCUCCAAAGCAUCCACAGGCUUCACAUUUCCUCCAGAGGCCUCCCAGGAAGAAUGCUUGAUGGUGUCUCCCUGCUGGCAGAGAUGAGUCCCGGGAGCUGGUGGCCUGCACCAGUUCGUGAUGUGGGGUGACGUGACGGGUGGGGGAACCCCCGUGAAGGCCUCGAAAAGCUCAGAGAAAGGAAGCACUAUUCACAAAGACACCUCCCCCCACCCCAGCCUGCUGAGCCGCAAACACCCAGCCAUCCUGAGAGCCCACAGCUUUGCCAAGGACUUCCCUGUCGGGUGUGGUCCCACUUGGGCUCCAUAAAGUAGAAAGUCAUCGUGGUGGCCACGUCAAGAUGAAGGCGGGCUAGUUUGGGGAAGUUCCCGCCUCUUCAGGCUGAGCUGCCCCACGUGGUGUUUGCCGGGCAGGUGCCAGGCGGGCCUCCAUGCUCCUUGGGCACCUACUGCCAGGGUGUGGCCGUCCUGUAGCAGAGCAGGCAGAAACCAGGGGAAUUUUACACCAUCUGUUGGAGUUUCCUUUGCUCUUUUCCAACUUAAAUCAACCCCAGUAUCGACGAUGCCCAGGGCAGGUGGUGUUGCACCAUGAGAGCCUGCUCUGGGCAGACUGCCCCGGGUCGCCCAGGUUCGCCUGAUGCCAGAGGAGAGACAGACACAGAUGAUGGGGGCGGGGGCAUCCCCUUCUCCUGUCUUUUGGCACAGCCGGGAGCAACAGGCCAAUGUCUGCCACCAACCCAAGGCUGCAGCUUGCUAAGGGGGCCACAUCCCCGCCAGCAGCUCCUUGCCCCCACCCUGUGAUUGCCGGGGGCUCCCCCUCUCCCACCUAGCUGGCCGUGUAGCCUGCCGUCCGGCUGCGGGGCAGUGACAGCUCGGACGCCCCCCGCUGUCCCUCUGCCUCCACCCUUCCUGCAAUAAACCCAAUUUUAUACCUCGCCGUGUAGAGCUGCUGUGUGUCUGCAUGCCCGCUGCAGCAGCAGAUGGCCACCAGGAGGCCACACACUCCACGCGUCCUUGUGCCUCGUGGUUGGAAGUGAUGGAGCUUGGUUGGGCAGAGGGAGACCUCUACACCUGGGGCAGCGUUUGCUCACCUGGCCCAAGCGUCAGCUGGACCAGGCGCGGGUGGGAGUCUUCGGAAAGCUCAUGGAUGGGGUCUCCUGCUGGCUGGUCCCCCAGCCCUUGUGGAGCUGAAAGAAAGGCCUUGGACCUCUGCUGACUCAUCCCACGUCCUCCCUGACUUGUUUUCACAAGCUGGGCCAAGUUGGAAGUGGAAGUGGCCCCCCCAAACUAGGGCCACCUGGACCCCCUCCCCCCAGACCCUGGCUACCUUCCCAGGUAACUGACCCAUUCCUUGACUGGACUGCCAGUUCCACGGGGCCCUCGCCCACCAGCUUGGCCAGCGGCCAUGGAGAUGGCCCAGCAACAUGACUGGACGGCCCACCCCCACCUCCCAGGCAGGAGGCCCGUUGUGCUGCUGGCCUCACAUGGUGGACACUCGACACCUGGGCUACAUUUUGGGCAGCGCUCUUGCCCUGAGACAGUGAACUGCUCUCAGCCAAGGCCAAGGCCGAAGACACAGCCCUGGGGGGAGCAGAUACACCCCAAUCCAGACCCACAGACGAGGAUGCCCAUGGGAGGCGGCCGCACCUGAAGUUCAGUGGACAGGCACGUCUGUGCCACCACCAGCUGGCUCUCCACUCAGUUUCAUGAAGGGGAGCCUCACAGGGCCCCGAGGUGCCAGGCCAGAAGCACUGAGUCCUAGCAGCCAGCGUCACCCCAGCCCCACAGGGUCACCGGUUCCCCUGCCUCUCAGCAUGUCUGCCCCGCCCUUUGAUGGGGCCCAUCCACGCGCCCCCCUCUCUGCACCUGCUGUGACCUCAGAGGGCAGGUGGCUGGUCCGUGUUGCUCAGACCGAGGACUCCCCAGUGGAUGUGAAUCUGGACACUGCGGCCGCCUGGGGUGGCCCUGUAGCUACCCACCCCCGAGCCCCCUUCAUGUGGCCACUUCCUCCCUGGUUCUAGAGCCAGACAGACAUCCCCCACCCCGGUGCCAUCACAGAGGAAAGCGUGCAGGAAGCUGGCCCCUGGCGGACAGCAGCAGCGGGACGCAGCCCUGCCCUCCUUGCCUGUUUCCGCUCGGCUGCUCCUUCCUGCAAUAAACUUGCUUUGGUAUGUCUUCA